AUGGCGGAAGAACAGCGAUCCCUCCGCUCAGUACACCACGACGCCGAAGCAAAACGCCAGACGAUCAUAAACAGCCUGGACAGCAACUCAGCUUCCUUCCAGGACAACCUUCUCGCCGCCAUCCAACUCUACGAACAGUGCAUCCACAUCGCCGAUCAAAUCUCCCUCUUCAGCCCCAACGAAUCUCUCGAAGAUAUAGGGACAGCAGAUCUCGAAUACUUGCUGCUCAACUACCGUGUCGCAGAGCUCGUACUCAGAAUCAACGGCCAGGAACAGCGCAAGGCGAGUCUCCAGCGAGCUCAGAGGAGCUAUGAGAAGUACUUGAAACGGCUGGACAGCUACGAUCUCUUGUCCAAGGAAGACGCGAACCUAUUCGAGCAAUGGCAAGAAUCUGCAGACACCUUCUCCACAGCGUCCACCACCGACCCGGCUUCGAGGCGAGAUGCGAAGAUAAGACGUUUCAAAGAAGAGAAAGCCCUGAAGCAGAAAUUGGAAUAUCUCCGACAGAAUCCCAAAGCGCUGCAGGACGAUGAUGGAGCAGCACGACAGCUGAGGCUCGCGCACAUUGCGUAUUGUACACACCAGGCCUUUGCCUCUCUGGAAUCGAUCGCGCAGGAACUGCACAUCCUGUCCAUGGCACCUACCCAUCCACCGCCCGACCAGCGCCAGCAAACCUACGACAGCCGCGAACGCAACGGGCGAUAUGCCGAUGGCUACAGCGAGCGUCUAGAUGCACCUGUGUCACACCUAUCAGCAGGCAUGCGCGGCCCACUCCUCGACACUUCCGGCAAACCUCUGCGCCCCUUUACGCUCACCAGCAAACGUCAGGAUUUCCGAGACGGCGUCUUCCGACCCGACCACAGCCUACCAACCAUGAGUAUAGAUGAGUACCUGGAAGAGGAGAGAAGGCGCGGAGGCAUGAUUGACGGAGGCGGUGCACAGAGCCAAGUGCAGCCCGUGGUCGACGAGGACGACAUGGAUGCAGCAGACCGAGAAACGAUGAAAGCGAGAGAGUGGGAUGAAUACGUGGAAGCGAAUCCGAAGGGAAGUGGAAAUACCCUGAACAGAGGAUGA